AUGGAGGCCGCCGCUGCUGCAGAGACCCAGCGCACGACGCAGAACUCGGGGAUCAAGGUCCGUCGCCCCCGGGCCGCCCGCGCAUGCGAUCUCUGCAGGGCAAAGAAGAACAAGUGCGAUGAGUUGUAUCCUUGCACCUACUGCAAGAAAGAGCAGGUUAAGAGCCUUUCCGCAGUCGCCGAGUCGGUGAAGGCUCAGUCAGUCGAUGACAAUGCCUCGGUAACCGCCACCGUCCCCGAGAUAUCAGAGGGAUACUCCCCGGACUGCAGCCUCCAGAGACGGCCUUCACGGAGCACCGCCGCCGGCUCGCCAUCAAACGCUCGGUCAAGGAACGCGGCCGGCCAAGAGAUCUCCGGUGUCAACCGGCACACGCGGAACGUAGAGUUCUAUGGCAGCUCAUCUUCCGUCGCUCUACUCUCACACGUCCAACGAACCGGCGAUGAACCAGUCAUCUCCCCGGACCUAGACUCCGACGCCGGAACCCUCCUAUCAAACCUGCACAACCCGGCCUUCUCGUCGCCCUCGGCAGACCAGACCCAGACGCCCGCGGCCGCCACCGAGCCGAGGUCGGCCGUGAGACCGGUGACGCACUACCCGCAGUGCCGGCACUUUCUCCAGAGCUUCUUCUCUAGCAUACACUUUGUCCAUCCGAUCCUCGACAAGAAAAUCUUCUUCGAUCGGUGCGAGGAGUUGUGGUCGAAGCCGGACGUUGCGCAGCAGCCCUCGAGCUUUGUUGCGCUGUAUUACAGCAUAUUGUCUCUGGGCGCACUCAUUGGCGUCCGGGAGGAUGAGCCGAUUGAUGGAAUUGAAAACCUGCAGUGGAGCCGAAAGUUCUUUGACGAGGCGAAGAGGCGGUGCGAUCAGCUGGGGAUGGUUACGGACCUAGAAAUGGUUCAGUGCUAUGUCUUCUUGGCCAAAGUGUGUCAGAACGAGCUCAAUGCUCACUGGGCAUACAUGUACGUCGGUCUUGCGGUGAGAACAGCACUUGCGAUGGGUAUAAAUCGAGAGCCUGGGCCCGACGUCAAGAAGGAGCCAGCUGAACUUCGAGCCGAGUCAAGAACGUGGUGGGGUCUCUAUUCAUUAGAAACAGAAAUGUCCUUCUCGAUGGGUAGACCAGACACACUCGGCGCAGAUUUAUACCACAACCGACUAUUCCCUGUCAUUGGCGAAGCAGACACAGAAUAUUCCGGCAGUCUAGAGCUGGUGGACCCACCCUCAUGCGCCAUCAUCAAAAGUAUGGUAGACUACUCCAAAAUCAUCCGGAGCAUCUGCUUGGGGAUCUAUCUCCCGGAGACGACGGUACCACGAACCGUCCACCUGGCGCACCAAAUCGACCAGGAUCUGCAGAGAUGGGCGGAAAGUCUGCCUGAGCCUAUCCGCCCUACCACAUCGGUCGAGCCGCGGUCGCUGAAGAGCGUCAAGGAGGCUCAGUGGAUGAAGAGGCAGAGGCUCGUCUUGACUAUGCGGUUUCUCAACAUAAGGAUACUCCUCUUUGGGUCGAUAAUUCUUACAUCGACCUCGGCUGAGCGAGCCUCCAUCCCGGGCUCGCAGGAAGGCAUUCACCUAUGCCUUGAGUCUGCGAAGCAGACCAUCGAAAUCAUUUAUCAGACAUACCAGCAUCAUGACUUUUUCCGCACAUGGUUUUACAACACCACAUACACUGUCUUCGCAGCAUCCAUGAUUCUAGUUUACGUGACACAAGAAGCGACAGAGCCCGAGGUGCAGCCUUUAUUAAAGCUAGUCGGCAUGGCCAUUGAAAUACUUGAGACUAUGGAUGAGUGUGUCGUCGCGUUGAGGUCGGCCAAAUUAUUACACAAGGCCAUUCAAAAGGCGGAAAAGAAGUUUUCUGCAUCGACCCCCGCGGAUUUACAGAUUCCUGCGAUGCCACCGGCUGAUGCAAUGCUCCAACUUAAUCACUAUUGGGGCCCCUUGAACAUUCUGGACAACGAGAUGGAUUUUGGAUUCGCGAUGCAGUUUGCGGACUUUGAGGGGACAAAUUCGCUGUUUAUGGCGCUCGAUGAUCCAAGAUCAAUGCAAUAG